AUAGGUCGAGCAAAAACAUGCAGGAAACCGCGUCGCUCGCGUCUACAACAGUCCUUUUACUAUGGCAGACGUGUCUAAACAGUCCACUCACCAGCUACACCAUGGCCACUAUCUCCAGCUAUUUCGGCGCUACCAGCGCUCGGCGUCCGGAUUCUGACAGAGUUAUUCUUUCUCCCGCAUAUAUUAGUCCUCGUCCAAAUGACCCCGCCGGAAUCCUGAUCGAACCUGACGAAUUCAAGCUGAAUGGGAAGCAGUAUGUUCGCUACUGUGUCGUAGCAAAGUCCCAAAAGCACACUAAGAAGAGGACAUCAGUUGUCUGGCAGUAUGGUGAAGAUAUACAACUGAAGCAGGACGCAACGAAGAAGUUCUGGUACUGUUAUCUAUGUGAGCAGCAGCAGCGCCAGCAGGGGCUUCCAAUUUCCGGCAAGGACAACUGCACUGCCUUAGACCACCUCGAAUCGAAACACCAAAUUGACAGGGAGACUGGUGAGCAUAGACCUGCAAAGAACGACCCGUCACAGCCGUAAAUUGUCGACUUCAACAGUAUAUCAACCAUUGUAUUCAAACGCCGAUUUGACGACUUCAAGGAGCUUCUUAUUCGAUGGAUCGUCUACUGUCACAUCGCCUUCUUCCAAAUCGAGAACCUCUAC